AUGGCUCUUGACCGAUUCAUUGCCAUAUGCAACCCUCUCAGAUAUCCCUCUCUAAUUACAAAUAGCUCUAAUUUAAAAUUGUGCACCAUUUCUUGGGUAUUUACAGUUGUAUGUAUGGUUGUAAUUGUUUACGGAGCCCUGUCUGUACCAUACUGUGGUCCAAAUAUUAUAUCCCAAUGUUAUUUUGAUCACACUUCAAUAACUAAACUUGCAUGUGCUGACAUUUCAAAGGUAAAAAGUUUAACUUUUGGUAUAGCUAUGUUCGUUCUCAUGGGUCCCUUCACUUUUAUCAUAUUCUCUUACAUAUCCAUAAUAGCAUCUGUCUCCAAAAUCUCCAGCUCAGAGGGGCGAUAUAAGACAUUUUCAACAUGCAGCCCUCAACUAAUAAUUAUAUGCCUUUAUUAUCUGCCUAGAUGUGUUGUUUACAUAUAUUUUAUGAGAGUUGAAAUCAAAGCAAAUUUUCAUAUUAUGUUGAUUAUGUGGUAUAGCUUAUUUCCUUCUGUUUUGAAUCCAAUGAUAUACUGCUUUCAAACAAAGGACAUCAAAGAUGUUCUAACCAGGAAAUUUAAAACCAGACUAAUUAUGAUUGAGUAA